AUGCACCUGGCCAACAAGGCAGGUCUCCUCAUGGCCUACCUGGAUGGUAUUUUGCAAUCAGCACCCCUCCUGGAACAAUUAGCUUCAGAGCUGCACUUGGUCUCAAGCACGCUGCUGCAAAUAUCAGGUUUCCAAGGGCAAGCCCUGGGCCAAAGCCUGACAGAUCUUGUAGUGGCACGCAGACAGCUUUGGCUGUCACAGGCCAGGGUCCCGGAUACAGAUAAGUUGGCCUUGCUGGACACACCUAUCUCCCCUAGCCAUACAUUCGGGCCAGCAGUGGAGGAGAUCCUGCAACACUCCCAUCGACAGGUGGCCGCGAUGCUCCCUUCUGGUGCGCCGGUGCGGGAGAGGAUGAGACGUUGUUGUCAACCCGUGACACAGACUGUGAGGCAUCGUCUUCAGGCUUCUGCAGCAGCUAAUAUCCAGGGCCAACUGCAAAGACAGGGAAACGCCAGUUGUGGGGCCCCAGAAAACGACACCAUUAAUGUCCACACUCAAAGAAGAGUGCGGUCUUUGCCUACAGGAAGGUAUUGUGCAAAACACGGCUGCUGUCCUGGAAGAGAUGAUGACUGCAUUGUUGCUUUUCCUGAGAGGAAUGCCAUGUGUUACUGUGAUUUAUUCUGUGGCAGAUAUUCAGUGGGAGCCACUGACUGCUGUCCUGACUUUUUGACUUUCUGUCUGUCUGGAGAUCUAGCUCCAACAUCAGCUACAGAAAAAACUCCCACAUCAACCACCAGCCAUCAACCAAGUAAGUUCACCCUGCAAUUUUUUUCAGGAUGCAUUAAAGAUGGAAUGGAAUAUGAAGAAGGAUUUUCAAUUAAGGAUAACUGCAAUUACUGCAUAUGUAAACAAAAUGCAUGGAUAUGUACAAAGAAGGUGUGCCUUGUUCGUCAAGAGAUGAUACAGUCUAUCAAUAGCAGGCAUGUUGGCUGGACAGCCAGUAACUACAGUAAUUUUUGGGGUAUGACUCUUGAUGAAGGCAUUCGGUAUCGACUUGGCACUAUCCCUCCGUCUGCAACCAUUUUAGAGAUGAAUGCGAUUAAAGUUAUUGCAGAUUUAAAGUAUGGCAUGCCCGAGUUCUUCAUUGCCUCCUACAAGUGGCCAGGUUGGAUCCAUGGACCACUUGACCAGCACAACUGUGCUGCUUCUUGGGCUUUUUCAACAGCAACUGUUGCAGCUGAUAGAAUAGCAAUCCACUCCAUGGGUCGUAGAAAAGCUAACCUCUCCCCUCAGAAUUUAAUAUCGUGUACCAAAAACCAAAAUGGCUGCAAUGGAGGAAGAAUUGACAGUGCAUGGUGGUACUUAAGGCACCAUGGUUUAGUGUCAAAUGAAUGUUACCCUUUUUCAAUGGACUACAAAUAUGGAAAUGAUAUUUGCAUGAUGGCAAGUAGACCUGCUGGAAAUGGAAAAAGACAUGCUACCAAGACCUGCCCAAAUAGUGUUGUGAAUUCCAAUGAAAUAUCCUUGUGUACUCCUCCAUAUAGGAUUACAUCUGAUGAAACCGAAAUAAUGAAAGAAAUCAUGGAAAAUGGACCCGUCCAAGCUUUGAUGCAAGUACAUGGAGACUUUUUUCUGUAUAAAGAAGGAAUUUACAGAUACACCAAUGUUGCAAAAAGAAUUCCAGAAAAUGAUGAAAAACAGGGCACCCAUUCAGUCAAACUAACAGGCUGGGGACAUCAAAAAGGACCAGAUGGAAAGAAAGUUAAGUUUUGGAUUGCUACAAACUCUUGGGGAAAGUGGUGGGGAGAAAAUGGAAGUUUUAGGAUUGUGCGAGGAGAAAAUGAGAGUGGUAUUGAACAACUAAUUAUUGGUGUAUGGGGUCAGAAUUAA